AUGGGUGAAAUCAGAGACAACGAUGGUUACGAAGAGGAGCUGGUCGAUUAUGAAGAGGAAGACCAAAAUGCCCCCAACUCCGUCUCCGCCAAGCCCUCUGGUGAUACUGUUAAAAAGGGCUAUGUUGGCAUCCACAGUUCAGGAUUCAGAGACUUCCUGUUGAAACCAGAGCUUCUUCGAGCGAUUGUGGAUUCUGGAUUCGAACAUCCUUCAGAAGUUCAACAUGAGUGCAUCCCUCAAGCUAUAUUAGGAAUGGAUGUUAUCUGUCAAGCAAAAUCUGGGAUGGGAAAGACCGCUGUCUUUGUUCUAUCAACCCUUCAGCAAAUAGAUCCGGUUGCUGGUCAGGUUGCUGCUCUUAUUCUUUGCCACACAAGAGAACUGGCUUACCAGAUUUGUCAUGAAUUUGAGAGAUUCAGUACCUAUUUGCCGGACCUAAAGGUUGCAGUCUUCUAUGGAGGUGUCAGUAUCAAGGUUCACAAAGACUUGCUGAAAAAUGAAUGUCCUCACAUUGUUGUUGGAACACCUGGGAGAAUAUUAGCUUUGGCAAGAGAUAAAGAGCUUGGACUAAAGAAUGUCAGACAUUUUAUUCUUGAUGAAUGUGAUAAGAUGCUUGAGUCACUUGAUAUGAGGAGAGAUGUGCAGGAGAUCUUUAAGUUGACUCCUCAUGACAAGCAAGUGAUGAUGUUUUCAGCAACACUAAGCAAAGAAAUCCGCCCUGUUUGCAAGAAAUUUAUGCAAGAUCCCAUGGAAAUUUAUGUAGAUGAUGAGGCCAAAUUGACACUUCAUGGUCUCGUACAGCACUACAUCAAAUUGAGCGAACCUGAGAAAAACCGCAAGUUGACUGAUCUUCUUGAUGCAUUGGAUUUCAACCAAGUUGUUAUUUUUGUAAAAAGUGUAAGCAGAGCAGCUGAGCUGAACAAAUUACUUGCUGAUUGUAACUUCCCAUCUAUCUGCAUUCACUCUGGAAUGCCUCAGGAAGAAAGGUUGAAACGUUACAAGAAUUUCAAGGAGGGGCUUUCAAGGAUUCUUGUGGCAACAGAUUUAGUAGGAAGGGGAAUUGAUAUCGAGCGUGUUAACAUUGUUAUUAAUUAUGACAUGCCAGAUUCUGCCGAUACCUACUUACACAGGGUUGGCAGAGCUGGUAGGUUUGGUACCAAGGGACUGGCAAUUACAUUUGUCUCUUCUGCAUCAGACUCUGAUGUUCUUAAUCAGGUCCAGUCAAGGUUUGAGGUGGACAUAAAGGAGCUUCCGGAGCAAAUUGAUACUUCUACAUACAGUAAGAUAGCUUUUUUCACAAAAUGUUAA